AUGGCGCCCGUGUGGGAGUCAUGCUGCAUGGCCAUGGGCAAAGUCCUCGACGACAACGCCAAGCUGGGGUUCAAGCACGGAACGUUCGGGUGCAUGGGCGACUGCAACGAUUUCAGCUCGUACCAGUGCAGAACAUGCGCGUGCUUCGGACCGGUGCAGGCCGGCAUCAACAACGAGCUGCUCGACUCGUCGUGCUGCUGCGGCGUGUGCUGCGCGCUGACGCCGUGCCUCCCCGUCUUCGCGACGUGCCAGCGGUACAAGGCGAGGAAGCAUUUUGAGAUCGCACCCGCGUGCAUCAAGUGCGGGAAAGGCGUCUGCGAAGACAUCCUCUGCGCGUUCUUCUUUCCGGCGUGCGUCAUGAACCAGAUCGCGAACGAGUUCGGCGAGAAAGCAGCCUUCACGAACCACAAGAUCCUCGAUCUCAUGAAGUCGCCCACGAUGCAGCAGAUGAAGUACAAGGGUUCCGCCGAGCCGAAGGCCGACCCGAAGAAGGCCCCGUCGAAUAAGAAGUGA